CUAUCGAGAGAGGCUGGUGUGAGGGAAAAAAGUGGUAAAUCGUACGAUUGAUGCACUUAUAAUAUUACAGCAAACCAGUAAUGGUUAGAUCACAGGUCGUCAAGUAUUUUUGCAAAGCCUACAUCGAUUGCAGGGCUUCGGGUUGCAGCUUGCAUUUUUCUCCACUGCAUGACGUAUAAGACGGUCCAAGUGGGCAAGUGAUACGGUUAAAUCUCCGCUAGCUAUGCUAGUGCUAACUCCUUAGCUUUGUUUACAUAUUGUGCGCGCCUGGUGGAUAAUUUCCGAUCGCACAAAUUGGAGAUUUUAGCUUUCGUUCUUCGUUUAUCUGAUCGGUCAUACGAAAAGGACGUUGGACAGUAGAUAGAUUUCACCGCUACUACUGAGCAUCUACUGGUCACGCAUUUUGCUGAUUAUUAAGCUAACAUUAGCUACACAUGCUAACCUUUUGAUCUCGGCUCGUUCGAUCAUGCGGUUUGAUGCUUACCCAUAGGUUUUUAUUAAACGCGCACCUUGUUAUGGCAUAUAGAGUUAUUCUUCCGACUCUAUAAUAUUCUUUAAUUAUGCAGCUGAAGAGCUUAUUAAUUAAAAAGCAGCUGCUACUACACAAACCGGCGGUGCUAACCUAAGCUAGCCACCUGCUGAGCUAGCUUACAUUGUGUUCGCGUUCAAUGAGACGGCUCCACAAUGUUCGUCGUCUCGCACCGUGUCCAUAAUUAAUUUAUAUCUCAUUGUGCGCUGACGUGCUGCGGUGGGCGCAGGCUGCAACGCCGGGCUGCUUUCGUUCCCUUAUCCAAGUUGGCUGUGUGCGGAUACUCUCCCUCGGACGGUGUUCCCACAGGAGCUGGGUAGCUAUGAAUCCCGUGGAUGCCACCGCUCUGUACGUGUCUGCCACCCGGGCAGUGCUACAGUGCGACCCGCUGCAGCCUCACACCUUCGCGGAGAUGUACCAGCAGCUACCCUUCUUCCGACAGUCCCUAGCGUGUCUCGUCUGUGGUAAACUCCUGGAGGAUCCCAUUUCCCCGACGCACCCAGAGUGCCAGCAUUACGUCUGCCUCGGCUGCAAAGGCCAGAGGAUGCAGAUCAGGUCGUCGUGCAGCCGCUGCAAGGACUAUUCCUGCUUCCAGGAGAACAAGCAGCUCUCGUUGCUGGUGCAGUGCUACAGGCAGCUCUGCCUCUACGUCACCCAUUCGCCGCUGCUCCAGUCAAUCAGCAGCCACGUGGGCGGGUCUCCGGAGGUCAUGGCCUUGCUGGAGGAGGUGCUCACGUCGCACGGAGAGGAGACGGAGCUUCCGGGCUUAGCAGAAGAGGAUUCCAAUCUGCCUGCUCCUGAGUCCCUUACUCCCACCGAGGCGCCGCCUGCCCCCGCAGAGCUCUCUGCCGUUCCUCAGAGCUGCUCCUCGGAGCCUCCGUGUUUCAACGGACCGCUGGACUGUAACGGCGAGGCGCUGGAGGACCCCUCCUCCCCCGAGCUGGAAGUAUGCGAGGUGGUGGAGGAGCAGCAGCAUCUGGGUCUGUCUGUGUCUGAAAGCGCUUGCAGAGGUUUAGAACUGGGCCUGAGCACCGGACCUUUAACCCCAACACUAGGCACUGUGUGCUCACUCAGGGAGGGGGAGUCUAACACCAGGGAGCUGGAGGAGGGCGAAGUGUUGCUUCUGAGCGUGGAGGAGGUGCUACAAACGCUGGAUCCCCUUCAGCCCGACGGAGACGCUCUUCACCCCAACCCAGAAAGGACGCACAUAGCCACGGACAAAACGCACACCCACAUGUACAUACAGCUGGACGCAGCCCACAACUACACUCAGAUUCACUCGGGGAGGACUCACACAGUGUCGCACCACGGCACCCACACGCACGCUCCUCCCUUUGACCCCCCCCCUGCCUCCAAACCGCCGCAGGUCCGGCCCAGCCGGAAGCGGUCCCACUCGGAGAGCGACAGGGAGAAGGUGAACCCCGUUCCCAUCACCUCCAUCCUUCACGACCCGUCUCCUCAGUUACACACUCCAACCCCUCCUCACGCUCUGCAUACCAAGCUGCCCAUGCCUUCCCUCACCGUGCCGGUGCACACGUACUCGUCAGUCCCCAACGGCGCGUUCCCCAAGCACGGCCGGCCCACACCCAAUCACAACAAGGGCGCCAGGAAGCACGUGGACCCGAGCUCCAAGAAGCCCCACGCCAAGGCCCGCAGCGGCGGGGGCUCUAAGACGAAGGAGCGCAGCAAAGACCAGCGGCCGAUGUCGGGCUGCGUGGUGCCCGCGCCGCCCGUCAGACCUCCGUACAAGAAGCCAGUGGAGAAGAAGGGCUGCAAGUGUGGCAGAGCCACGCAGAACCCGUCUGUUUUAACCUGCAGGGGGCAGCGUUGUCCCUGCUACUCAAACCGCAAGGCCUGCCUGGACUGCAUCUGCCGGGGCUGCCAGAACUCCUACAUGGCCAACGGCGAGAAGAAGCUGGAGGCCUUCGCCGUGCCGGAGAAGGCCUUGGAGCAGACGCGGCUCACCCUGGGGAUCAACCUGACCAGCAUCACGGCGGCCGCGGCCCUCCGCAACCCGGCGACCACCAGCAUCCGCGCCAACACCCUCCUCAACGUGGCCACGGCGACGGGCACCCCGGUGACCACGGCCUUUCUGUCCGCCAGCCCCCCGCAGGAUCCCAACUUCGACGACAGCCUGGAGCUGCUGAUCGGCUGAAAGGCGGCGAAACAAUAAAAAACAACACACACAACGCAGCUUGGUGCUGAUUGAAUGUGACGGCCGGUCAUCGACCUGUUACCCCGCCCCCCCAUCCUUUUUGUGAGGGGGGGGACUCGAUUCGAGGCAGCUAUGCGUCUGUCCUGCUCUGUAACCUGCUGUUGUUUUCUGGACUGGCAAACGCUGACUAGUGAGAUUAGCAUGGGUGUGCCAAAGCCUCCUGUAUCGUGCCUGUGCGCCGGUGUGUGUUCGUUGCCAGUCUGUAGGUGAACUCUGUUCCAAGGACGUUCAGUACUUCAGAGGGGCUUUUUGUUUGCGUGCUUCUAGACCACAGAUUUACUGUAAGAGGCAAUAGAACCCCCCCCCCCCCCCCCCCCCCCCCCCCUUUCCGGGUUUUGUUUGCACGGUUACCGGUAUGUGCAGAUUUUAACUUUUAAAAGAGCGAAAACAUUUGAUCCGUGUCUGUCGGGAGCAUCAUUUCAUUGGCGAUUUCAGCUUUCUCCCAUUCUGAGUGUCGUUCCCGCGUCUAUUAAUUGUCACGACUACAGAGAUCGUCCCGCUCCAGACUGUUCACUCUGUCCAAAAUGCUGUCAGCUUUUUCUCGCACAGCGUGCGUUUUCCUUUUCAGCGACAUCGCUCCGAGGCACUUGGGCGACCGUGAGGGUUUAGACGUGGAGACUGACGGUCGGUGGCAAAGCACUUAGAGGGAGGAGAGAGAGAGAGAGUCAUUUUCAUCACACCAGUAGAGAGGCUCGCUGCUGCUGUCCGGUUACAGCUUUGUGACUGCAUCUUCAUCAUCAUCAUCGACGGCGGUCACAACUAACACUUGUAUCUGACCGUGUUUAAAGGUAAACUGAAGCCAUAGUUUUAUGAGGAAGUUUCCUUUAAAAUCACUCCCCCUCCAACGCACUCCCAACUGUAGAGUCCUGAUUAAUCAGAUUAUGCCAGAUUAUUUUUGAUACCGAUGGAGGUUUGGCAAUCCAUGUCUUUUGGUUCUUACACAAUUUUUUAUUUUUUUUUUCCCCCACAAGGCCGCGCGACGUCUGUGUUUGUGUUUACCGUCUCAGCUGUAACUACGAUAUGUCCGUCAGUCCGGUAUUGUUGACCAAAAAAAACCAUAAAAAAACUACACAAAAAAAAAAACGAGAAACAAAACAGAAAAAACUGACUGAAUAGAGAGAAAAGAUCACUUUUCUCCACCCGUGGACCAGGAAAGUAGCAGUGGACUCCAGUGUGUUCAGCAAACAUGUCCCAUCUUCCUGCGUGAGCACGUUUCAAAGAUGUAUUUGUUUUUGGGCAUUACUUGAACCCUUAAUUUUGUUUUUGUAUCUUUUUUUGUUUUUGUUUGUUUUUGUAAUGUAAAAAUUCUUCUUUGAGGAGUGACAGCUAUUGCUGAAACAUUCACUGCCAUAUUAUGGAGACAUGUAACACAAGAAUUAAAAGAUAGUUUUUUACUUUUUCA